CUCAUCCACACCCGCCUCCUUACAUUCACCUCUCUCCAUCAAGCUGAACAGCAGCCAAUGCUUCACGGUGCUCCUGCCCUGGGUGUUUGUCCCAUGCCUGGGAAGCACAAUAAGAUUAAAGGCUUCACCUGAGAGGAACCAAAGGACCAUUUUUUCCCCAUAUUUUUAUGAUCCAAGGUUCAGCUUGAGUGAAAAUUCCACUUCAUACAUCUUUGUUGAAAAGUGUGUAGCUAUGAACGAGUCACUGGUUGUGAAUGACUCCUCUGCAGCUACAGAACCUGUCCCCUGGAUGGAGGCUGAAUCCCUGGACCAACACAACAGCAGCAUAGAGUUUUCCACCGCUCCAUUAGAAUUUCCUAUCAACCCAUGGGACAUCAUGCUGUGCAUGUCAGGCACCGUUAUCGCCUGUGAGAAUGCUAUUGUGGUAGCAAUCAUCUUCUACACUCCCACACUAAGGACUCCCAUGUUUGUGCUAAUUGGGAGCCUGGCCACAGCAGACCUGCUGGCUGGCAUGGGAUUAAUCCUGAACUUUGUGUUCCAGUAUGUGAUUUCUUCUGAGACCAUCAGCCUCAUCACUGUGGGCUUUCUAGUGACAUCCUUCACUGCAUCCAUCAGCAGCCUUCUAGCUAUCACUGUGGACCGUUACUUCUCCCUUUACAAUGCCCUCACAUAUUUCUCAGACAAGACUUUGCAGUAUGUGCAUCUGAUGCUAAUCGUGACCUGGGGGGUGUCUCUGCUGCUGGGUCUGCUGCCAGUGCUGGGCUGGAACUGCCUGCAUGAGCCAGCCUCAUGCAGCAUUGUCCGCCCCUUGACCCGAAGCAAUGUCAUGCUCCUAGCCACUUCUUUCUUUGCCAUAUUCGUGCUCAUGCUGACCCUUUAUUUUAAGAUUUGCAAGAUCGUAUGCCGACAUGCCCACCAGAUCGCCCUGCAGCAGCACUUUUUUGCCACGUCCCAUUAUGUUGCCACCAAAAAGGGGGUGUCCACAUUGGCCAUCAUCUUGGGGACUUUUGGUGCCAGCUGGCUCCCCUUUGCCAUCUACUGCCUUGUAGGUGAGAGGGAGUAUCCAUCUGUGUACACCUAUGCUACACUGCUGCCUGCAACCUAUAACUCUAUGAUCAACCCCAUUAUCUACGCCUACAGAAACACAGAGAUCCAGCGCUCUAUAUACAUGCUUUUGUGUGGCUGCUUUCAGGCUAAUGGGUCCUAUCGGUCUCGGUCCCCAAGUGAAGUCUGAAAAGGUGCUUCUGGUGCGUGUGGAAGGAUUUGGUUUGUGUGUGCAUGUGUGUGUGUGAGUGUUUAGGGGUGUGUUUUUAGAAAAGAGAGAGCAAAAAAAAAAAAAAACAGACAAUUGGCUUAUAGCCGACUGUGAAUGCUUUUCAAACACAAAUGGGGCAUGGAUACUGUACCUGCACUUUAAUAUGUCUCAACACAAGUUCCAAGGAGAGGUUAGAAAUGCAGUGAACAAGAAUUCUUGUUAUUAAAAAGGACAACAAAUAUGUGAAUGUAUUUAACUGAGGAAUUAAAGAGGAAUGGAAAAUUAAAUUUGCACUUUAUUAAGUGUUUUUGUUUUUGAUACCAAAGCAGUAUUGUUCAACUUUGGAUGUGUUUGAGCCUGUGUUCAUCAUGUGCCAUGGUUUUUCUAUUUUGUAUUGUGUUGUCUUAUAAGUCCAUUUUGUAUCACACAAAUAAAGGAAUAACGUUCUA